AUGAAGACCUUUAUUGCGCUGUUUCUCCUCAACUCCUUUCCUGGAAUCUCAGCCGCCGUCUCGAACCCAUUCGACGGCGUCGAUCCUGCCACUGUCCGGUGUGACGCUGAGUAUCUCAAUGACGCGGGUGCUCAAGCCUCGGAUCGCUGGGCUGCGGCCGGCGCGGAAUGGGCAUUGGAGACAACCAACCUCGACUGGGGAUGGUACCAGGGAAGUGCUGACGGCGAUCGCCUCGGUUAUUCUGAAUUCGUUGGAAACGCUUUCAACUCCAAAGACUUGAUGAUCUGCCAGAAUAUGGGUGACGGCCCGUGUCAAAGCACAGUGACCUGCAGCGAGGUCAACCGACCAGCUGGGUUCCUGAUUCUGAAUUCCUUUGUUUCACUGCACGUGAUGCACCGUAAUGUCUGGGAAGGUCUCGGAAGCGCCAUGAACGAGAUGCAAAACUCCAUGAGUCUUUUCCAGCAGACCUUUUCGCCAGCUGCGACACCACCUAAGUCUUCCGGAUGGCUCUCGGAUCUCAUCACCGUCUUCCAGUUCGCCGUCGGCAUUGGGUCCGCAUACAUAUGGAAUAUCGCCAUCAAGGAGGCCCAACUUAUUUCAAAUGCCGGCUAUCAUGCAGUUGCCCAAGAAUCUGCAAACGGUGCCAUCGGCAUGGCGUUCACCAUCGGAAAAAACCAUCUUCCCACAGCUACUGCUCCAGAAAUCCAGAACGACCUCACCCUCUCAAUGGGAAUCCUCUUCGAAGCUUGGCUGGACGCCGAGACAGACUUCUUGAAUCAACUCUUCUCUGGUACUACUGAGGCUCUUGUCAUUCUACAGGGUCUGGUGAAGGACGGCAUCUCUCUUGAACUGACUCGACACCUCGACCUUGGUACCUUUGUUGAAGAAGCUCAGAAAAUCGUCUACUCACAACUUGUCCCAAUUGCCUGGAAGGCUAGUUCCAAGCAAGAAAAGAAAUGGCCGUAUAAGAUGCAGCCGAUGAUCCUGAUGGAGCCAGCUGAUUGUGUCAUCUCUGGUGACGAGUUGCCCGAUUACAUAUCCUGGGAUAAUGCAGCCAACAUGUCAGUCUGCUACGACGGGCACACGUUCUUCCUCGGAUUCCCAACCUGGAAAGGAGAAGUAGGCGACUUCUAUCCUCUACCGGGUGGAACAAACGGCGAGCUUGACGGCAAGAAAUGGGGCGGCCUUACUAUUGAGGACAUGGUCAUCAGCGCCUACGAAGGAUGGCGUCUGAACGGCGGCAAGAUGGGCUACGAAAUCCCAGACAACUCCAAGGUCAUCGACGGAGCGGGCACCGAGGGCGGCCUCAUUCUGGAAAACGGCAUUCGCACACCGAGCUUCAUCAACCUGCCGAUUUGCACCAGGCGGAGAUCUCGGGCAGCGGUGGAAGAGUUCAUAGAGAAAGAUGCUAUUCGCAUGAUUCUCCCCGGCGACGACCUUGGGGAUAUGCCCUGUGGGGAUGGCUCCCUGAUGGAGGAUGAGAUGGGAGAUUGGGGGUUUUAGCGAAAUAUGGUUGAGUGAUUCUGGCUCUUCUGCUACAUCUAAGAAACGAUGCAAUCCUCCAUCAAAACCCCCAUAUA